GAAAAUACCCAUUCGAGAUUUCGAGGGAAAACCUGCAACUGCAAGCAAAGCGAUGGGGCAAUGCGUGAGUUGUCUGGACGAAGACCAAAAGCAACAGAGAAAAGAGGAAGAAAGAUUGGCCUCCGUUGAAGCUCGGUCCAAAGCUGCCGAAGCAGCUCAGAGAAGGCAAGAAGAAUUUGAAAAAUCUGCUGCAGGAAGAGCUGCACGUGCUCAGAUGGCAGCAAAUGCAAAGCAAUCUGCUAACGCUAACAAGGGAGAACCAGUUCUUAAGUGGAGUAUGGGCUGAGGCAGUAAUCUAUGGGCCAGCUUCAUUUCUUCUUUUUUUCUUGCAAGCCUCAAUUGUGCAGUGUUAAUAACUGGAAAAGAUUGUAUAUAUAUCCGCCUUCCUGGGAUCCUCUUAUACCCCAAGCAACUUGUCUUUAUACUCCUAGUCCCCCAAGACAGAAGUUAUUGGAUGAAACUGCGGUCUUGUAUUUGUUUAUUCAUGAAUCAAGGAACGCAAUAAGUGUGUGAACUUAGAUUCUUUGACACUUUACUCUCAUGUAAAUUUUACUUAACUUCUUAUGUCUCUAUAUGCAAUUACUGUAAAGAAACUCAUGUUUUGCUCUCUUGGCAAGAAUUUGACUCUGAUGAUAUCAUUAACGUAUAAGAAAAUUGGUAAAAAAGCAAUUAUAGAACAGUUUCUGAUUAUUUA